UCUAAUGCUGUUUCUGCAAAUCCACCAGAGAUAAAGCAGCGGACUGCCACGUCCCAGCAAACGGACAUCCAUACCAUGUCUUUUCUUUGGUUAUCUAUUCAAGUAAAAAGAAGUUAAAAGACUUGAAGUCUCAAGAGUGACGUCACUUCUGCCUCCAGCCUCCAGCUGUGUGGUUUGGGAGCGGAUACAGACAUUUGGGAGCUGCUUUCUGGGAUUUCACUGUGGCUGCUUUUUGACCUAACAUCUCAACCUUUUCUCAAGAUCUUAUGGAUCAGUCGCUGCGCUUUCAAAGAACGUUUUGUCUGAAUCGUCUGGAGAACUAACUGGAGCCACAUGAAGAAUAAAGGAACUAAGCAGAAGUCCAAAAAGAAAGGAAGUGAAAAUGCAUUCGGCUGUGACCUGAUAGAACAUCUCCAGAGUUCAGGGCAAGAUGUUCCUCAGGUCCUGAAGAAGUGUGCAGAGUUUAUUGAGAAGCAUGGCGUUGUUGACGGGAUCUACAGAUUGUCGGGGGUCACCUCAAACAUCCAACGUCUCAGGCAGGAAUUCAGCUCUGAGGCGUGCCCUGACCUUACAAAGGAAGUGUACCUCCAGGACAUCCACUGUGUGGGUUCCUUAUGUAAGCUGUACUUCAGGGAGCUACCCAAUCCUCUGCUCACAUACGAGCUGUACAGCAAAUUCACUGAAGCUAUCUCUGUUCAUGGGGAUCUUGAGAGGCUUUUGCACAUCCAGAAGGCUAUCAAAGAACUGCCAACCCCUCAUUUAAGGACUCUGGAGUACCUAACCAAGCACUUGGCCCACCUUGCCACUUUAAGCAUUGAGACAAACAUGCAUACUCGUAAUCUGGCCCUGGUGUGGGCUCCAAACUUGUUAAGAUCGAAGGACAUUGAGGGUCCAGCUGGUAAUGGAGACAUGGCUUUCCAGGAGGUGCGGAAACAACAGUCGGUGGUUGAGUUUAUUCUAAACCACACAGACCAGAUCUUCAGUGGGGAUUCUCUGGAAAUAAAGCCAAUAGAAGGUUAUACCUCUGCAGGACCAAGUCUGGCAUGUGGGGAGAAGUAUGCAACACUUCCCAUCAGUGGGCAGGGCGGACCAAUGAAGCUGAUGAGUCUGGAAGAAGCUCAGGCCCGCUCUUUAAGUCCAAAUCAUCCUGUGCAUAAGGAACGUCAGCGUGAGAACAGUCUGCCUGAUACCAGCACUGCCACACUCUAUCACACUGUGAUUGACAUAUCAGAGAAGAGAAAGUUUUCUGGGAAAUCAAAAAGGUGGAAGUCUAUUUUCAACCUUGGAAAGGACUCAAAGGGAAAACUGAGCCGCAACGGCAGUGUGUUCAUAAGAGGACAGGGUAUUAUGGAAAAAGCAGCCCUUCGUCCGUCCAGGAGCAUGGAGUCGUUGUGCUCUUUACCGGCAGAUGAUGACAGAGGAGGAAGCAAUAGUCCAGCUGAUGGAUCCAGCGGUAUUUUCAUACAGGAUGUAAAAUCCAGAACACUGGGAUCUGACUCUCUCUAUGACCUGAGUGAGCACGACCAAAGCUGGGAGUUUAAAGGGAAGAAGACUGGUGGGGCCAGAGGCGGCUGGAGCCCUGGCAUGAACCAAAAGGACUCACCGGGAGCCUCUGCAGGAGCCUCGGCAGCCCCUCAAAAAGCCCUGCCAGAGCAACUUAAGGUCUUCAAAGGCGACGACCUCAGCAGCUGCAAGCCCACGUCUCCAAAGAACCGGAGGAUGUUGUACUCCGGCUCCUCUCAGAGCAGCUCUUCACGACCCUCGUUUCCAGGGAGCUUCUUCCCACUGGAGUCCUCACCAAGGCAUCAGCGCAGAGCCGUCAACAUAUCUGAGCCUUUUGCCGUGUCUGUGCCUCUUCGUGUGUCAGCCGUUAUCAGCUCCAACAGCACGCCAUGCAGGGUGCACAGCAAGGACAAAGCGGGUUCUCUGAAACCCUGCAAAGAGCCCUCAGAGCAGAGCAGCAACAGUGGGAAGAGCAACACUUUCCCCAAACUGGAACCUAAGAAGCAGGAAGGAACAGAAAAGACAACCCCAGAGGCGCUGACCUCUAGAAGGUCACCACAAGAUUCAACCAAAGAAGUGAUGCAGGACAGCCAAACAGAGAGGAGUCUUUGUGAACUGGAAGCACAGUCCCACACACAUAUGAGAGAAGACCAAGUACUGCCAUCUUCUGGAGAAGACGUGCACCAACAGCCUGCAGAUACACAACUGGAUGAUAAAUCUGUUACUGGGAAAGCAGUGUGGUCCGAUCUCCAAGAGUUAAAGAUAACUGAGCCAGAAAUUGACCUGGUGGAUGAGACUUUUAAACCAGUUUUCACCUCACCGAGCACUUGUGGGAACACAACGUUAUCAAUGGAUGUCAAAUCAAAGCGAAGUCGCAGUUCGCCCUCACUGUCUUUGCUGUGCAGGGAGAAUUCAUCAAAUACUUCUCUGAACGAGCACGUGUUUGUCGUUGGAUCUGGUUCCAAGAAGAAGCAACCCUCAGAGUCAGACCUUCUGUUUCAUCCUCGCAAUAACUCUGACAGUGCAAUCACUCAAAACGCCCAGCCUGCUGACAAGCUGGCUGGGAAACAAAAGCCCCUGCAGCUAAAAAUCCCUCCUGUAAGCAAAGACGACCGAACUCACAGCAAGCAGAUCCAACUUUCUGUGAAGGAAACCAGUUUGGAUCAUGCUAUAAAUCAUUUAACAAUAGAGGAUGCUCCUCAGGUCACAAGCUUCUCAGGCACAGACAGUACAGUCAGAAAAUCUCAGAAACAUGGAAUUCCUCAAGAGGAGAUGGAAAGCUGCCACGAUGGAGCGAAGAGGGGUGUAAUUGCGGUGAUGGAACCCAGCCAGAGGCUUUCGGUGUGUGUAGAAGAGAAACGUUACACCCUAGAGCUUUCACACCAAGAUGAUGAAGAGGGAUGUGGGGGGAACUUGGAGGAACUGGAAUUGGUGGAGUCCUGGGAAGAUCUGAACUCCACCAACCAGUGGGUUACCAGUCCUCUCCACUCACCGGAUGUGGAGGAGUUUUUCAGUCACCUGUCACCCUUCCAUUCAAAUGGAGAAAAUCUCAGCUCAGAGGUUUCUCCUUCGGCCAACGGUAACAACCGAUCCCUCAGCAAGAGCACUGAGGACUUCUCAGGAAACCUUUCUCAAAGUACCAGUGCUAACCCAGAUCCUAAAACGACCAUUUUUCCAUCACUGCCAACGCAAAUUAGUUCAAACAACAAUAACAUAACACAGCAACAAACAGUAAAGUGCAACACAACAAAACAGAAGAAUACAGUGUCAUCUCAGAGGUCUAACAGACCAGUUCCUAAUGAGGCAGCUCCGUCUGAGAAACGAGAGGGGAAUUAUCAAUCUAAACACAGGCCCUAUUCUCUGAACUUAGACCUGGGCCAUCGAUGCAUAAGAGAUAUUUCUAAUCAACAACACCGUAAGUCAUCAGAGUUUUCUUCAUGUCAGAGAGGAUUGGGGGAGUCAUACGGAACUGUAAGCAAAGGACACUCGGAGUUGGAGCUCUUUCUAAAUGACCGGCAGGCGCCUCUCCGUCGAAACUCUGCCCCGGUCAGCGUCUCAUCGGUGCGGACCGCGUUCAUGAUCAAAACAUGCCAGGCUAAAGCCGUGCCCGUCAUCCCACCCAAGGUGCAGUACAGCCAGAUACCGCAGUCCAGACAGGAGAACAAUUCCAACACGGUGAAGAAGCAAGAGAAGGAGUGUCCUAAAGUGAGUGUGGAGACAUGCAACGCUGCACCUCUUUCUUCCAAGAUUUCAGAUCUAAAAGAGGAGCUGGAGAAUAAAAAGCCUGGUGUAAAACAACAAAAACACCAAAGUGCUGAGAAAUCGGCGGAAUCUGUGAAAACUUCAUCCCCUCCAGAACUGCCGGUCAUCACCAGGAGACAAACCCCGAGUCUGGAAGUGUUUGUGGAUGUUCCCAGGCCCAACAGAGGGAACGUGUUGCAGAGACCGUCCUUUAGGAGCCGACAGAGACCUCAGAGUCUCAUUCUGCUCAGCCCGCCUUUCCCCAUCAUGGACUACCCACCGUCAGGGGAGGACGGGAAGCACCUCUCAUCCAUGAAAAGCCUGAAUGAGACAUCGGCAGUGAAUGUCUUUUCUAAAGAGCUGGGAGAGAAUUUUAGGACGCCUGAGGGGAUAGCUCUUCAAAAUAAAAUGACUAUUCCAAAAAGUGGACAGAGACUGGAAACAUCAACCAGUUGCUUCUACCAGCCCCAGAGAAGAUCCAUGAUAUUUGACAGCAGGAGCCACAGGCAGAUCGAGUGACUGCAAAGACACUUUCUGGCUCUGAGAAUAAGUCUCAACAUGUAAAUAGAUGCAUAUGAAAAUGUAUGAAAAAUCUUAGUGUCGAAGUUGAAAAGUCAACAGGAUGUCAAACAGUUGAAUUUAAUUAUUUGUGAUUCACACAGUUCUUGAAAUAUGAAGUAAAAAUGUAAGUCUUAAAACAGGAAGAGGUGGUUCUGAUAUACAGGACUGACUCAGAAAAUUAGAAUAU